UUUUCUCCGGCCGGGAUCGGGCGCUGGGUGUCGGGUUAAACUCCCCGCUUCCUCCUCCUCGGUGCGUCGUUAGCCGGGAGGCAAGGCACGAGCUCUGCGCGAGUUCCACACAGGCGAACAAGCGAGUAAACAAGCUCGAGUAUUAAAGUUAACUGCCCGCUAAUCGUGCUAACAAACAAGUAAACAAGUAAACAAGCCUCUCGUUAAAGGGAACCCUCGCUGAUCGUCCUCCAUUAAUGGCUCAUUCCAUCAUAUGAGACCGAAGUGACGAGGAGCCCCUGUGAAGCUGCUGUAGAAGAAGCGUGCCAUGUCCGGUCCCACCUGGCUUCCCCCGAGGACUCUGGACAGCCCAGAGCGAGCCAUCCCACAGAUGUCCCACUCGGCCGGGUCCGCAAUCUAUCGAGCCCCCAACAAGAAGAGCGUGUCCGACUUCCGGCCCAAAUAUGGUGCCUAUGACCAGAAUGGAGGGGGAGGAGGGGGAGGAGGAGGAGAAAUGGUCAACAGGUACAUGGCCACUGGACCCACAGGUGGACCCAUUCAUCAUCCAUCUAGCGAUCACUAUUACCCUCCUCCCCACGCUCCCAAGGAAGAUCGCCACUGGGGCCCUCACAUGGACAGCUAUGAGCUGAUGCACCGUGGAUCUGAAAAGCCUGUGGGCUAUCACUCUAAAAUAGACGCCGAUAUCGACUCCCUGACCAGUAUGCUCGCUGAUCUCGACAGUCACCCACAGGACCCCAGCACACAACUGUACGACAACGUGCCUUACAACAAAUACCUCUCAGGGGAUCACUACAAGCCUGCACACCAGAGCGUAGCCCCUCCUCAGGGUCGGCCAUCCAUGGGGUACCCCUCUCACCCCCAUAGCCAAUACCACCCCGCACCGCCCUACCCAAGCGAGCACCACACACCUCAGUACUCCUCCACCUCCCACCAGCAGGACUACUACUCCCCCUCCCCCUCACCUAAACCCUACCCUCAGCCCGUACCAGCCUCCUACACCACCUCCUCCACCCCUAGCGGGCCCAGGUUCAGCGUCCAGGUCAAGACAGCGCAGCCCGUCACCUACUCGCAGACGGGCAGGCAGGCGGAGCAGGCCUACACUCCGCCCCCCCCUCGCCAGCACGUGUCACGCCCCCAGCACCAGACUCAGGCAGGACCCCAGGGCUGGUACCCGCCGCACCCCGGUUCACAAGGGCAAGACUUGCACUCUGACACGGGGUACAAGGGGGGUGGCCCGGGGUCUGGAGGAAGGGUCAACCAGGCUCCGAUGACUAAGAGAGGGAUGGAGAAUAAUCAGACGGGGCCCGGAGCUGCUCAGAAUCCUGCUUAUCAGUCCGGCAAGCAGGGUUUACAAACAACCCGGCCUGAGGAGGAGCUGGACCGACUCACCAAGAAGUUGGUAUAUGAUAUGAACCACCCCCCUGCAGAGGACUAUUUUGGCCGCUGUGCCCGCUGUGGGGACAACGUGGUCGGGGACGGCAGCGGCUGCAUCGCCAUGGAGCAGGUGUUUCACGUGGAGUGCUUCACGUGCAUCACCUGCCACGCCCGCCUCAGGGGACAACCCUUCUACGCCCUGGACAAGAGGAGUUACUGCGAGAGUUGUUACAUUAGUACACUAGAGCGCUGUUCAAAGUGCUCCAAGCCCAUCCUGGACCGGAUCCUGCGCGCCAUGGGAAAAGCCUACCACCCUCGCUGUUUCACAUGUGUGGUGUGUAACUGCUGCUUGGACGGCGUGCCCUUCACCGUGGACGCCACGUCCCAGAUUCACUGCAUAGACGACUUCCAUAGAAAGUACGCGCCGCGCUGCUCGGUGUGUGGCGGGCCCAUCAUGCCUGAACCGGGCCAGGAGGAGACGGUCAGGAUAGUGGCUCUGGAUCGGAGCUUCCACGUGAACUGUUACGUCUGCGAGGAAUGCGGUCUCCUGCUGUCGUCCGAAGGGGAGGGCCGCGGCUGUUACCCGCUGGACGGCCACAUCUUGUGCAAGAGCUGCAGCGCUCGCCGCAUCCAGGAUCUCUCGGCCAAAAUCUCCACUGACUGCUAACAGACCUCCCUCAUCCUCCCAACCUGCAGCCCCACUGUUACAAACCCACUGACAGUCCACGUGGUGUACACACGAUCAAUAUCACAGACAGGAUUCACCCCCUGCUUUUGUUCUGUGGUAUAAAUUGCUUCUUGUUUUGUUUUUUUACAUUUUUCUUUUUUUAUAUGUGGUUGCUCUGAUCGUAAAUUGGCAGACAUUGCUGCAGUGCCCUCUGGUGGUCUGCUGCUGCCGUUACAUUCACAGAAAAACAUUUUCAGACUCGCCGUUCGAGAUCCAAGUGACGACAGAGCAACCAUGUUGCUUUUUCCCCGUCAUUCAUAUAUCCAACCACAUUUUCUGUAUUUUUUCUUCAUACACAACUGCCCCUGCUUUUUACACUCAGCUCAGUAUUAGCACAACAGAGGCCUGACCUGCAGGCAGCUUGGGCUCCACUUAAUAUGUGUUCAUCCUGUUACUGCUCAUCUGGUGGCUUGUACGUUGUUAUUACUGAUAGAGAUCAUGGACAUGGAAGGAUAUGACAGUUUCCGACCUUAACAUUUGUAUUUCGGAGAGAGAAGCGACAUAAGUGAGAAGCAGGCUGUGAAACUAUGGGAUCUGUUCAUUUGUGGAAGUGCAGAUCUGCCUCAAAGCAAGCCUCUUAAACACACACACAAAGCAUCUGUGACUGUACACAACAGCCCGGGUUGGUUUGUACAGCAUGUAGUGCAGUGAAUCUUUGCAGUGAGUAGCCUCGUAGCACAAGAAAUGUAGACGAACGGAAUGUGUAGGGUUUUUCUCCUUUAACUUUUUACUUAACGCUACUACAACAUUUGCUUGAACACAUCUCAACAUUCAAAGCUCUUAAAAAUGACUGUUUUUUUCUUCUUUUUAAAUCGCGCAGAAUAACAAUUUUGAAUGUCUACGAUACACAAUCUUGCUUUGGUUCUGUUUUGAUAUUUGUUGAUUUGGUUGAUACUUGACUGUUACAUUGAAGACAAUGGUGCAAUGAAGUCCAACGCUAAAGGAAAACAGGGUGUCAGACGCACAUGUGGCGUGAAAACAUCAAAAAAACACAAAGUCUGUGUAAACAAACUGAAGUUGUCGUAAAUUUCAACAACUCAUUUACUUGACAGAUACUUUUUACAUACUUUUCCUUUUUUGUGACUGAAAUGUAAUGAAUUCCCCUCUAGAAAUAAAAACAUUAGCAGUAUGUUAGGAUCCUCACAUGUGAAGCUUCUUUUGAUUCGUCCUUGCUCUCACGUGGGCGGGGUCUCACAUGUUCGGAGACUUUGGCGCUACAGUGUUUGUCACGAUCGCGUUUAACCGCCGUUUUUUUUCCGUCCUUUUUUUGUACAUGUGUAACUUAAAGGGCUAGACGUUUGAAAGCAGCCUUACCUCAAGGACGUCAUUCAGUUUCAUAACGACCCUCUUUUUUCUUUCUUUUUUUGAAACUGUGAAUUCUGCUUAUUGUUUUACAGAAAGUGAUCUCGCUUAAAAACGGUAUUGAGUUGUUAAUUUAUCUCAUGUUGUAUAUACUGCUUUUUGUCAUUAAGGUGAUCAUUUCGAUAAUGUGUCAUUUUAAAAACCUGUAAUCAUGCCAACUCAUUCAUUUUUUUAUUUUUUUUUAUAUCCUCACUGGGUGUCAUGUCUGAAAUGCUGUGAAUUGGAGCUUGUAGAUCAGAGCCCACGGUACUCCAGCAGAUGUAAGUCAGGCUGAUGAAUUCACGCCGAGGAAGAGGAGCAGGAGGAAGAGGAGCAGGAGGCAUUCGGGUCUGAAUAAACAGACUAUUGAAGUAGAAAUGACAGUUACAUGCAUGUGAACCCAGUGGUGGAUUUUUCUCCUAACGCAGGUUGUAGCAACAUGAUUUGAUUAUUAAAAUGUCACCAAGUUUA